AGCGCCGCGUAGUGGGAUGUGCUCCUCCUGUAGUAGUAGCCCUCCUGCUGCUCCUCCAUCUUUUAAAAACAAGUAGCCCUAGGUAAACUGGAGAAGAUAAGUAUCGAGUAUGGAGAUGCAAGGAUCGAUGCCGGUCAUACAAUAUGCCAAGUUUGGAGGAGAUCUGGAGAGCGGACAUGCACCAGUUCCCUCGCCGGGACCUGGAGAGUUACUUGUAAAGGUCCAAGCUGCAAGCCUCAACCCAGUGGACUGGAAAAUCCAGCAAGGAAAGUAUAAGACCCUCAACAUUCCAGCCCAAUUCCCCUAUAUACCAUGUUCGGAUAUCAGCGGCGAGGUUGUAAGCCUUGGUCCUGGUGUAACUGGUUUCAGUGUUGGAGAUAAGGUUGUCAGCUGUCUAGACCACAAGAGAGGAGGUGGCCUUGCCAAAUAUGCUUCUGCAGAGGUGCGGUUUACCACAAGAAUUCCAUCUCAAAUCUCGCCGAUUGAGGCAGCUGGCCUUCCAAUCGCUGGUCUUACAGCCUUGUACAGCUUGCAAGAGGCCGCGGGCAUAGCAAUACCAAGCAAAGACUUUCAGGGCACCAUUCUUGUCACUGCAGCUUCAGGGGGAGUGGGAACAUAUGCGGUGCAGCUCGCAAAGCUCACUGGUGCUCAUGUGGUGGCUACAUGCGGGAGCCGCAACAUUGACCUCAUCAAAAGCUUAGGUGCUGAUGAGGUUCUCGACUACAAAACACCUCAAGGGGCCAAACUCCAGACCUCCUCUUGCUCCAAGUUUGAUGUCAUUAUCCACUGCGCUUACCAUCGACCGCCCUGGUCCACCUUUGAGCAUGUUCUUACUCGCAAGGGGAUUGUCGUGGACAUCACCCCGGCUAGCGAAUCUACCACAAGCAGCCUCAAACGCAAAUUUGACAAGGCAGUGAAGUUGAUCACCAGGCAAGAGGCAAUCGGUUCCUUGGUCCCUUUCUAUUUGACCCCUCACACAUCGGGUAUAGAAGCUCUCGUGGACAUGAUGCAAAAGGGCAAGUUAAAAACAAUCAUUGACUCGGUCCAUCCGAUUUCCAACGUUACAGCUGCCUGGUUCAAGUGCACGGAAGGCCAUGCCACUGGAAAGAUUGUUGUCACUCUGUAAUAAAUAUUACAGCCCUCUUGUGACCAA